UAAAAUCCCACCGAUCCCAUACGGUCAGUCGAUGCAGAUGAGUUCUUCUUUUAGAGCUCCGCGCUCAGAUUUAGGAAUCGGCUCGGAUGGCAAUAUACAUUUUAUAAAAAAAGAAACCUAUGUAGGAAGCUUUAAAGAUAGCACAGUCAGGCACACAAGAGCUAGGAAUAUUAAAGAGGAUGCACCCUUAAAGCUUAGUUUCAUCAUUCAGACCCAAUUCACGCACAUGCACACGGAGCUGACAUCCGGCUCUCAGCAGUCCCUCCAAAUACAGCACCUCACCCUCAGGAACUCGGGGAAACAAUUACAGACAACGAGCAACAAAGCGAUUUUGCCUCGGAAGGACAAUUACCCCUGCUUGCUCAGUCGGUAGCUUGGGAGAUGACAGAAGGAUAACUUGUCACGUUAUUUAGGGAGCUGUACAACAUCACAGACCCAAAGUUGGUUAAUAGCUGUGCGUAAGAGCCUUUGUUCUGCACACAAAAGCGUACGGCUGCCACGUCGCGAUUCCUGCACGUUCCAUUGCGCAAGCAUGAAUUUCUCAGAACUUAUUUUCACACCGAUUUCCCAAGCGGCUCAGUCCUCGUACUCAGGGAUGGAGAAGAGAAGAGAGAUUUGCAGGAGAUGCAGAAGGUUUUGCAACCGUGCUUCCUCCCCGCACUGCAUAAAGCGGAGGAGUCAGCUCCGGAUCCGUGGCACUUGGCACAGGUGUGGGACCCGGUGGUGGCAGUUGGCCCACGUCCCUGCACUCCCCGGGGUCUCCGUUUUGGGGUGACAGCAGGGGACAUCCCGUGGCAGCCCUCAACCAGGCCUUGGAGCAGCCAAAUCUGGGAGCUGAGAAAGGGAGAAGAUUUGGGGUGCAGCAGAGACAGCAAAAUGGGGACGUUUUACGCGGACGAUCUCUUCGACAUCUUAUACAACUACACCACCGACUAUGGCAACUACAGCCUGGCUUUGCCUGACAUCGACGUCUCCUCUUCCCCGUGCCGUAACGAAGGCUCCGUUGCCAACAAGUACUUGGUGGCCUUCAUCUACUGCCUGGUCUUCCUCCUCAGCAUGGUGGGCAAUGGGCUGGUGGUGCUGGUGGUCACCUCCGGCCACAUGAACCGCUCCGUCACCGACAUCUACCUGCUCAACCUGGCCGUGGCCGACCUGCUCUUUGCCCUCAGCCUGCCGCUCUGGGCCGCCUACUGGGCCCACGAGUGGGUUUUUGGCACCGUAAUGUGCAAAGCCAUCUCGGUGCUGCAGGAAUCCAACUUCUACAGCGGCAUCCUGCUGUUGGCUUGCAUCAGCGUGGACCGCUACUUGGCCAUCGUCUAUGCCACGCGCGCUGCCACCGAGAAGAGGCACUGGGUGAAGUUUGUCUGUGUGGGCAUCUGGGUGUUCUCGGUGCUGCUCUCCCUGCCCGUGCUGCUGUUCCGCGAGGCGUUUGUCUCAGACCGCAAUGGCACAGUUUGCUACGAGCGCAUUGGCAAUGAGAAUACCACCAAGUGGCGGGUGGUGCUGCGGGUGCUGCCGCAGACCUUCGGCUUCGCCCUGCCCCUCCUGGUCAUGCUCUUCUGCUACGGCGUCACAGUGCACACCCUCCUGCAGACCAAGAACGUCCAGAAGCAGCGCGCCAUGAAGGUCAUCCUAGCUGUGGUGCUGGUCUUCCUUGUCUGCUGGCUGCCCUACAACAUCACGCUGUUGCAUCAACCCCAUCAUCUAUGCCUUCAUCGGGCAGAAGUUUCGCAACAGCUUCCUCAAGAUCCUGGCACAGCGCGGCUUCAUCAGCAAGGAUGCUGUGGCACGCUACGGCCGCACCUCCUACACCUCCACCUCUGGCAACACCUCCACCACCCUCUGAGCCCCACUGCUCCCCCAGACCCAGUGCAUGCAGUCCUGGCACCCCACGCACCCCAGCAUCCUAACCCAAGACACAGCCUUGGGCAGCGGGCACGGCCCCCUGGCACAUGGAUGGGUGUCACUGUGGGCUGCCCAUGGUCACACUGCACGUGCGAAGGCACAUCAGCAUGGGGGUCCCAAUGGAAAGAUGCUGAAAACCGCCCACCUUCCCUGCGCUUUGGGAUAAAGCUAAUGACUUUGAGGACCUCACAGCUCCAGUGUGGCAGCAGUGGCUGCCCAGCAAUAAAGGAGGUGGUGGGUUUUUCACACGUGUAUGGCUCCUGUUGGCUGGGGGGUGGUAGGAGGGGUUGGGGCAUGUCCCCAGGGCACUGCUCAGCCAUGGCACUUCCUGGGGACAGUGAGUGCAGGAAAGUGCUGUUACCCAAGAGGCUGUUGCAGAGGGUUUGCAUCCUGCACAUCCCCCGAGGGGACCACAACGAGGGGACCACAACCUGGCGUCACUCAGUGCCACCACUGAGUCCUUCCCUAGCAUGGGGUCUCUGUGUCACCUUUUCUGACCUGGGAACACGGCUGGGGUCUAACCCUCACCACCCCCUUUCCAAUACCCAUUUGAACUCAAAUAAAGCAAAAUCCCUGGCAAAAUCCUUUAGUGGCCUUUCCCUGCCCUUGGUGACACUGAGCCAGCCCUGCCUCCCCCCUGCAACCCAUGAAGGUGGUAGCACCUGGGACCCCCCCUGCCCACAGCACUGCAUUGUGCAAAGAGCCGGGAACCUGCCCCUUACACAACCGGGAUGGGGCGGAGGGAGCAUUUCCGUCCCAGCUUGGGCAACUGGGGCUGGUACCAGAGUGAAGAGGGGGUUGUGGCCCAGCUUGGGUUCCUCCUGCCACCCCAUAUGUGUCUACCAUCAUGAUGCCUGCCCCAGCGUGCCCCAGCAUCUCUCCAUGGGGGUCCCAUGCUGCUCCUCUAUCAUCCCUGCCACAGCCUCCUGGGAUCCUUAAGCCUGGGGACAUCAAGGAUGUGUGAGAUAGGGAUGAGGCUGGGAACAGGAUAUGAGGGUCCCUGGCACCUAGGGAGGAGGAGUCAGAUUGGACAGGGACAGUGGAGGGCUGGGCAGGACAGCAAGGCAGAAGAGCAGGGCCAGCCCAUCACCUUUAUGUCUGGGAAAGCUCUUGCCCAAGCAGUGCCUGGCAGGAAACCAAGGCUGUUGGCUAAGAGCCCUCUCCCCUUGCAUCCUCCCUGCGUAAAGAAGGGGUGAAGCCUGGCCUUGGCAGAGACACCCCGUAAACAGACAAUCCCCCCAAGGAAGG